AUGAGGCGCUUCUUCUUCCGCCUGUUCUUGGUUUCGCUGUUGGCCGCGGUGGCGGCGGUCGCGGCCGGCGCAUGGGCCUGGCACCAGCUCCACCAACCCUUCGGCAGCGGUAGUCGCACGGUUACCGUGGCCAACGGCACCGGUGCCGGCAAGAUCCUCGAACAGCUCGAAGGGGCCGGGGUGAUCGCCGAUGCCCGGCUGGCAAGGGCCUACCUGGUCUAUCACCUCGACGACCCUGCCCUGCGAGCUGGCGAGUAUGUCUUCGAGGGCGAGCUGUCGACGCCGCAGACAAUCGACAAGCUGAUCCGCGGUGAGGUUGUGACCUAUCCGCUGCAACUGAUCGAAGGGCUGACCCGGCAAGAAGUCGCCGCGGCGGUGGCAGAACAGGGCUUCGGCGAGCUGGAUGUCCUGCUGCGCGAGACCGGUCGCACCGACUUGAUCGCCGACCUCGACCCACAGGCCAUCGAUCUCGAAGGCUACCUCUAUCCCGAUACCUACCAAUUCGCCCGCGGCACCUCGGAACAGGAGAUCAUCGCCACCCUGGUGCGCACUUUCCGCCAACGGUUCGAGAAGCAGGUGGCGCCGCUGCUGGACGGGCAGGCGGACCCGCCCUCGGUGCGUGACCUGGUCAGCCUGGCGUCGAUCAUCGAGAAAGAGGCCAAGCUGGAAUCCGAAAGACCGAUCAUCGCCGCGGUCUACGCCAAUCGGCUCGAGCGCGGCAUCGCGCUCUAUGCCGAUCCGACGGUGAUCUUCGCCUUGAAGCAGCUCGGUCGCUGGGACGGUAACAUCCGCCGUCCAGACCUGCAGCUCGACUCGCCCUACAACACCUACCUCUACCCGGGGCUACCGCCGGGACCGAUUUGCUCCCCCCGAGCAACCAGCCUGGUCGCCGCGGCCGAUCCGGCACAGGUGCCUUAUCUGUAUUUCGUCAGCCGCAACGACGGCAGUCAUGUGUUCGCCAAGACCCUCGCCGAGCACAACCGCAACGUCGAACAAUGGCAGCGGCAGUAUUGGCGGCGCAAGCGAGCCGAGGAAAAGCGCUCCAAGUGA